AUGAAUCAGCAUAAUGUUCAUUUUCUUGAUCUACCUAAUGAAAUAUUAUUUUUCAUUUUGAAAAAACUUGACAAUAUUCAUGUUCUUUAUUCUUUAUUGGGUAUCAACAAUCAACGACUUCAUAUUAUAGCACAAGAACAAAUCUUCACUAACAUCCUUAAUUUUGUUUCCAUAUCACAAUCAACUGAUGAGAUUUUUUCAACAAUACUCAAUCGAUUUUGUACUUCAAUAUUACCAAUAAUUUAUAAAAAUAUCAAAUCUCUCAUUGUUGAUUCCAAUUCGAUGGAAUAUAUUCUUCGUGCUGGUAACUAUCCUAACCUUACUGAACUUAAACUUUUUAAUUUCAACAAAACAAUUGUUUCACGUUAUUUUAUGGAUGAUUCUCUCUUUGGACAUAUUUGUAAACAACAAAUUACGAAUCUCAUUCUUGUCAUUAAUGAAAACAAUAUUGAAAAAAUAAAAAAAGAAGCAUAUACCAAGAAUGUUUAUGCAGUUAUCUUAGCUUUCUUUAAAAACUUAAAGCAUUUGACUAUUGUUGAGUCAUCAUCUAUCGACAAUUAUCCACGUUUAUCGUUGUGUGAUUUAUCACCAACGACUUUUUUUUCUUCGUCACUCACUAAAUUAUGUAUCAAUGUAAAUAGUUUUGAUGAUGUUCAUGCUUUACUUGAUGGUCGUCUCAAACAAUUAAUUACACUCAUCGUUCAAGUUGAUUCUAUUCACGAUCGGAUAUCAACAUAUUACAAAGGGGUGCGUUUAUCCUUCGUGUUAUUCUCGUUUUCUCAUUAGUGUUUAAUAUCGAAGAUAAAAUGAGGUU